CGUAAAUGUGUGUGUCGUCAAAAUAAAUACACACAUAUAUAUCCGAGCGAUGUAUAUAUUUUUGAUAUUUUAUGCGCACUCUAUAUAUAUUUAUAUAUAUAACUAUUAUAUAUAUAUUUGUUGUUGUUCUCUCUAGGCAAAAGACAACUUAAAUUUAGUGAAAACAAUUUUGUGUAGAUUUUAGUUAAAGUAUCAAAAUCAGAAUAUGAUUUAUUUGGUAGCCAGUAUAUACAUAUAUGUAUGUGUUUUGUGUGUGAAAUAAAAUCUUGAAACAAUCUGCUGUUGCUCUCUUUGUGGUGCUCCAUCCAUCCAUCCAUAAGUCAGUCCAUCCAUCAGCCAAUCAGUUCAUCAUCCGUGUCAUCAAGGGUUUGCUAUAAACUUCAUACUUUGACCUAACACUUAGCCUAAGCUUCUACUUCAUCUGGCAUUGGGUUGAGAAAUAGCUUUUUAAUGCGAUUAAAGAUUUACUGAUUUUUCGAUUCCCUCUCUCUAUUUUUUUCCUGCUUUUGCUAACAUUGCUUUCCGGGAAUGCCUAACUACGAUGCAGAGAAGGCCUGGAAUGAUCAUCUGAAGCGCAUGCAGGAGAUCGAGCGCAGGUACCCAUCUCGCUAUGGUCUGUACUUGAAGGACAAGCCACUCACCCCCAACGCUCUGGUGCCCCUGGAGUACGAGCCAGAGGACAAGCUUCUGGCGGAGCUCAACAAGGCUCGUCGCUCGGCCUCUCCGUUCCGCCCCAGCCGCACCACCCGCGCUGGCAGCGAGCCGUACGUGCCCCCACCAACCUAUUGGGGCCGCGAGGGCAGCGUGCCCCGCGGACCAUCGGUCUUCGACCGUGCCACCAGCUUGGCUCCGUUCACGCGUCCCAGCUUCCGCGCCAGCUCGCUGGAACCCCUGGAUGAACUCUUUGAAAGUAAGUUGCCCACGAUCGCCGAGGCUGAAUCGGCGGCAGCUGAUGUUGCCGCAGCUGCUGCUGCCCCCAGCCGGUCACUCGGUAUUUUCGAGCGCGCCGGCUCGCCAAGUCCCACUCCCGUCAAAGCCGGUCGCUGGGGACCCCGCCCCACCGAAGUCGCCUACGAUGCUGAGGGACUUCCGAUCUUCCACCCACGCAACCGCUUCAGGGAUCUGCUGAGCCCCAGCCCCAACUUGCCGGUCUCCUCGAUCGUGCGCGAUCCCUUCUGGUGGGACGUGGAUGACCUGGUGCCCUUCCGUGCCACCUCGGUGCCCCGUGCCUCGAGCCCCGUGGCCCGUGAUUCGUACUUGUCGCCGGUGAAGAAUCGCUACUUGUGGUCCAAGCACCCCGCCAGACCCUUGACACCUCACCGCUCAAUUUUGUAAACGAACGAAACAACGAACUUUUCAACAACAAGAACAUCCUGAAAAACAACGACGAAUGCAUCACAAGGGGCCCCAAAAAAACAACGAUAUAAAACUUUGACUACCAUUCAUAAAAUCUUGAAAAAUGGAGUCUAGUCAACAGUAGCAAAAGGUCUUAAACACCUUUUUUUAGUCUCAAUAUCCUCAGACAACGUUUGAAUUUUUUCAAAACUGCAAAACCCUCCGAUGGAAAACACCAUCUUAUCCUUAUCGGGGGAUUAAAAAAAACAUUUGCCAAGAAGUGCGUAUUUCCCGUAGAAAAAAAAAUGAAAAUAUAAAACUCAAACUCUCUAUUAUUUUUAUUUCUGGAUUUCUAAGAUCAUGUCUUAAAUGUUAAGUGCAAGAAUAUGAAAAAAAAAUCGAUUUACAUUUAUUAUAAUAAAAGAUGAAAACCAACUUAUGAGUGCCCAUCCGAACAUCAGUGGGUAUCAUAAAUUGUUCCUUUUUUGUA